AUGAGGUCUCACGGGGGCCCCACACCAGCAGCAGCAACUGCUGCUGCUGCAGCAGAAGCAGCAGCAGCAGCAGAGAGUUCCGAUGGGCCAGACAUAGAGAAGCAAGACGCAGUCAUGGAGCAGCAGGAGGAGUCACAGCAGCAGCAGCAACAGCAACAGCAACAGCAGCAGCAGCAGCAGCAGCAGCAGCAACAGCAGCAGCAGCAGCAGCAGCAGCAGCACCAGCAGCAGCAGCAGCAGCAGCAGCAGCAGCAGCUACCAGUUGCGUACACUGCAGCAGCUCGCCUGUUGGAGCAGCGGCAGAGCGAGAUUUUGCUGCUGCAGCAGCAGCUGAAGGAGCAGCAGGCAAUCCGGCUGCGUCAUGAGCAGCAGCUGCUGCUGCAGCAGCAGCAGCAACAACAGCUUGAUGCUUACUGCAUGCUGCUGCAGCUGCCUUCACCCUCCCUCGAUCUGCUGCAGCAGAUGCAGCAGGCUGCUGCUCAGCAGCAGCAGCAGCAGCAGCAGCAGCACGACCAGGGGCUACAGCUUGAUGCUUACUGCAUGCUGCUGCAGCUGCCUUCACCCUCCCUCGAUCUGCUGCAGCAGAUGCAGCAAGCUGCUGCUCAGCAGCAGCAGCAGCAGCAGCAGCAGCAGCAGCAGGACCAGGGGUUACAACCGGAGAGGCAGCAGCAAGAAGAACACGAGCUCCUGCAGCAGCAGCAGCAGCAGCUAGAAGAGCUGCUGCAGCAGCAGUUGCCCUACAGCCAGCAAGACGUAGACCAGCUGCAGCAGCAGCAGCAGCAGCUGCAGCAGCAGCAGCAGCAGGCGCCGCCAUUUGAACUGCCUCCUUCGGUCUUUAGGCAUCACCCACAGCAGCAGCAGCUGCUGCAGCAGCAGCAACAGCAGCAGCAGCAACAGCAGCAGCAGCAGCAGCAGCAGCAAUUUGUCCCUGCAUGCUGUCGUUCAUGCGGCUGCAGUGUAAGGAAACUUAUUUGCUUCUGCUGCUGCACCGCUGUGCUGCAGCAGCAGAAGUGGCGGCUCCCGCUGCUGCGGCAGCAGCAGCAGCAGCAGCAGCAGCAGCUGCAGCAGCAACUCGAACCGCUGCUGCAGCAGCGCCUUCAUAGAAGAAAGCUUUGGGGGGGAGCCUCCACGCCAGGCGAGACUGCUGAGCCGCAGCAGCAGCAGCAGCAGCAGCAGCAGCAGCAGCAGGUGCUGCUGAAGCAGCAGCAGCUGCUGCUGCUGCAGCAGAAGCAGCAGCGAGUGCAGCAGCUGCAGCAGAUGCGGAGAGAAAAAGAAAGGCAGCUGGAUGAAGGUAAUGAGGCUGCUGAGCCGCAGCAGCAGCAGCAGCAGCAGCAGCAGCAGCAGGUGCUGCUGCAGCAGCAGCAGCUGCUGCUGCUGCAGCAGAAGCAGCAGCGAGUGCAGCAGCUGCAGCAGCUGCGGAGAGAAAAAGAACGGCAGCUGGAUGAAGCGCGAAGCACCCACAACAGUUUGCUGCUGCUGUGCCGCCAGCAGCGCCGGAGUCUCCUCCGCCUUCUUCAGACAGCAACUGAGCUUGAAAGAAGCAGCAGCAGCAGCAGCAGCAGCAGCAACAGCAGCAGCAGCAGCAGCAGCACCAGCAGCAGCGGCACAACUGCAUGCAUGCGACUCAACCACCAGCAGCAGCAGCAGCAGCAGCAGCAGCAGCAACAGAUGCAGCAGCAGCAGCAGCAGCAAGGCAGCAGAACGUUGCAGCAGUUUUGCAGGGGCUGGAAUGCAGCAGCAAAUAAAAGAGAGCCAGGGGGCUCAGCAGCAGCAGCAGCAGCAGCAGCAGCAGCAGCAGCAGCAGCAGCAGCAGCAGCAAGAGAUCGGCAUACAAGGCCUGGAAGGACAGCAGCAACAGCAGCAGCAGCAGCAGCAGCAACAGCAGCACAAUCUAAAGCAGCUGUUGCUGCUGCAGCAUCGGUGGUAUCCGCCAGCCUUGCUGCUGCUGGUUCGCCUUGGAGUGGUUCCCCUUCUUUUGCUGCAGCAGCAGCAGCAGCAGCAGCAGCAGCAGCAGCAGCAGCAACAGCAGCAGCAGCAGAAGAACACACACUGAUGAAUCUAGCAGCAAUGGAAGCAGCACUGCAGCAGCUGAGGAAGCAACGCGUGCUGCAGCUGCUGCAGCUCUUUAAUGCUCGUGGGCUGCUGUCUAUCUCUUCACAGCAACCAGCAGCAGCAGCAGCAGCAGCAGCAGCAGCAACAGAUGCAGCAGCAGCAGCAGCAGCAGCAACAGCAGCAGAUGAAGAAGAAGCUACGUCCUGGUUCGCCGUAAGGGAAGCAUUUAUAAUUACAGAUGGAGGGAGGGGGCCCCCCGGGGCCCCUGGGGGCCCCCGGAGGCCCCUGGGGUGGCAGCUGUGGCCUCUGACUUGCUUCGCGCUGCUGCUGCAGCAGCUUGCUGCUGUCUUGGAUGUUCCGCUGCCGCAGCAGCUGCUGCUGCCAGGGCUGCAGCAGCAGCAGCUGCUGCAGCUGCUGCGCAACCGUUUAGCUGUUAUGAAGAGGAAGCAGCAGAAACGCGCGCAGGUGCUGCAGCAACUGCAGCAGAUGCAGCUGCAGCAGCAGCUGCAGCAGCAGCAGCAGCAGCAGCAGCAGCAGCAGCAGCAGCAGCGACUACAGCAAGAACAAAAACAGCAAAAGCAGCAACAGCAGCAGCAGCAGCAGCAGCAGCAGCAGCAAUCACUGCCAGCAGCCACUGUUAUGAAGAGGAAGCAGCAGAAACGCGCGCAGGUGCUGCAGCAACUGCAGCAGCUGCAGCUGCAGCAGCAGCAGCUGCAGCAGCAGCAGCAGCAGCAGCAGCAGCGACUACAGCAAGAACAGAAACAGCAAAAACAGCAACAGCAGCAGCAGCAGCAGCAGCAGCAGCAGCAGCAGCAGCAAUCACUGCCAGCAGCCACUACACGACCCCGAAACAACAGCGACGCCAUCCACAUUGUAGCUGCUGCUGCAGCGCCUUCGUCUACACCCGUCAUACCCCCGCUGCAGAGGCAGCAGGGGGGGGACACGGCACACAGCAGCAGCAGCAGCAGCAGCAGCAGCAGCAGCAGCGGCAGCUACAACCACUGCAGCAGUAGCAGUAGCAGCAGCAGCAACAGCAACUGCAGCAGCAGCAGGAGCUGGGAGAGUUAUAACUCGAUUGAGGCUUCUAGCAGCAGCAACGCUGCUGCGCAUGCAUUUGAUUUGGGGGCAUCCUCUGUAAGGUUCGCUCGUGGCAGCAGCAGCAGCAGCAGCAGCAGCAGCAGUAGCAGCAGCAGCAGCAGCAGCAGCAGCAGCAGCAGCAUGAACGAGGCAGCAGCAGCAGCAGCAGCAGCAGCAGCAGCAGCAGCAGUAGCAGCAGCAGCAGCAGCAGCAGCAGGAACGAGCUAG